AUGGCGGCUACCGACCAAAUCCCCGAGCAGGAGUUUGAAUACGAAGCUCUUCCCUCCAACUAUGGCCUAGGCCGUAACAUGCUCGCGGGUGCUUUUGCGGGAAUCGCGGAACACUCGGUUAUGUACCCGGUUGAUCUGCUUAAGACCCGCAUGCAAGUCCUGCACCCCUCUACUGGUGGCUUGUACACCGGUUUGACGAACGCCGUCUCGACAAUUUACCGCAUCGAGGGCUGGCGGACACUUUGGAAGGGUGUCUCAAGUGUGAUUGUUGGCGCUGGUCCGGCACACGCGGUUUACUUCGGCACAUACGAGAUCGUGAAGGAUUUAGCGGGCGGAAAUGUCGACGAUGGUCAUCACCCGUUAGCAGCUGCACUGAGUGGUGCCUCGGCCACAAUCGCAAGCGAUGCGUUGAUGAACCCCUUCGAUGUCAUCAAGCAGCGAAUGCAAGUCCACGGCUCCGUUCACAAGACCAUGGUGCAAUGUGCCAAAACCCUUUACCGAACUGAAGGUCUUCAAGCCUUCUACCUCUCCUACCCUACAACCCUCUGCAUGACCGUGCCCUUCACUGCGACCCAAUUCGUUGCCUACGAGUCGAUCUCUAAGAUUAUGAACCCCAAAGGAGACUACGAUCCCUUCACCCACUGCAUGGCAGGUGGUCUUGCUGGUGCCUUCGCGGCCGGUAUCACCACUCCUCUCGACGUGGUGAAGACCCUUCUCCAAACUCGUGGUCUGGCCGAAAGUGAAGAAAUCCGCUCGGCACGCGGCCUUUGGAACGCGGCCGCCAUCAUCAAGAACCGCUUCGGCUGGGGCGGUUUCCUGCGCGGCAUGCGCCCUCGCAUUAUCUCCACCAUGCCUAGUACCGCCAUCUGCUGGACAUCUUAUGAGAUGGCCAAGGCGUACUUCAAGGAGCAAGGCCUUGACUAG